AUGCAAACAUCUGUGCAAAUUCUUAUGAAAGGCAUUAUGCCUGUGAAUGUACCAGUUCGAAAUAUCAUUGGUUCGAUGACUAUACAUUCAUAUAUGAAUCCUUGUAAGAGACAGACAGGGCGAGGACAUGCAAACUAUCUAAUGCAUCGCGACUUGCCUCGAUUUAUCGUGGCAAAAAAAAAAAGUUUUACAAGAACCGUAGCUCAACUUGUUGGUGUCGAUAGUGGCUUGGACAAGGCUAUGUUGAUGCUAGAUGUUGGGAAGAAACCGAAGCAAAGAAAACUAAGCGAGAUAAAAAGAAAUCGUUUAGGGAGAAUGUUUUUGGAGUAUAUUUUUCAAAUUUUGUGUGAACAUGAUCGAUUUUGUGGCAUAGAAGGAUUGGAAUUGUACAAGGUUGACGUAGGCCCAACAUUCAAAGUGAUGGACGUUUACUGGUUAGCAAAAGGUAGUAAAUCCGAUGAGGUUGCUGAAAAAGUGCUAAAGGAAUCAGAAAACUUUGUGCGUAAGAAGCUGUCUGAAUUGCUAAGCAGUCAUAAUGUUCCACGCUUAACUUUCAUUGCCGAACGUAAGCAGCUUGUGGAACAGGAAAUGAAUCUUUUAUUUGAGAGAGCAGAUUACGGUAUGCAAUAUCGAGCUUUAAGUCAUACAGGUGCGGUCCUAGGAUCAAUGGCUGAUGCAGGUCACCUAAAAACUAAAAUAAUGGACAAAUGA